AUGUUCAGGUUUCUUCUGCUAGUCUCCCUUGUGGCUUUGGGUCUCUCUGAACCCGAACAGACCUACAAACCAUGGCUCGGUGCCUCCACUUUUGACAAUUCCUACCAGCCAAACUUAGAUUUCAACUAUGGAUACCGCAAUAUUUCUCGACCAGCUCUCAGAGCUAAAUACGGCUCCAUUUGCACCUUCUUUUCAGGAAAAUUCUGUCGAAAUUUGAGGUGGUGUUUUAAUAAAAAAAAUUUCUUAAUUUCAGGUAGCAACAUCGUGGGCGGUUUGAACACUCAGGUCGAUCCUUGCGAUGACUUCUACGAGUACGCUUGCGGUGGAUGGCGUCAAAGACAUCCGGUUCCCCAAACUGGAACCAGCGUAAACCAAUUCACCCAACUUAGGGCUAUCAAGGACAAACGUGUCCGCCAGAUUCUGGAGAGCCCAGCCACAGCUUCCGACAUCACAGCAGUGAAAGCGGCGAAGCAGAUCUACCGAUCCUGCAUGGAUGUCCAGGCAAUCAAUGCUAGAGGCAUCGCCCCUGUGCUCGCCCACGUGGACAAACUCGGAGGUUGGCCAAUGGCCUCUGGUGGAGGUGCCGCUGUGAACCCGUACCAAUAUCCAUUCCAAUAUCCGUACCAGAUACAACAAACUGCCUCUAAUCCUACCGACUGGCAACCGAUCAGCGAUUACUAUGCCAAGCUCAUCGGAAGCAACAUUCUCUUCAACCUUGACGUCUCCCCUGACAUAAAGAACACGAACGUCUACGUGAUGUCGCUUGAUCAACCCGCCUUCUCGCUGCCUCGUGCCAUAUUGGUCAAUCGCUGGCAGUACGCUACACAAGUUAAUGGAUAUCUGCAAUAUCUGCAGAACGUUGCAAUGGUUUUCGCUCAGAGCAAAGGAGUAGCUGUCAAUCCCCAAACAAUUGCCGCCGAUGCUCAGGCUGUGUUGAACUUCGAGAUCAGCCUUGCCCAGAUUACGCCACUUGAUGAGCAAAGGAGAAUUUUGAGCCGUAUCUACAACCCGAUGACGAUCGGACAGCUGCAACAGUUGUUCAACAGUGGCAACCCUACAACCGUGAACAGCCAGAUCGACUGGCUCGAGACUAUCAAGAAGUUGUUCGUAACCGGUGGUGUCACCAUGGACAGCUCCGAAAGGAUCCUCGUUCUCGAGACGGAUUACAUUUCCCACCUUGCCAGCAUCCUCGACCAGACACCGACCAGAACCAUCAUUAACUACAUCCACUGGCGUUUCAUCAGCAGCAUGCUGGGCUUCACGACUGGCCAGACCACUACUCAUGCUCUGCAAAUGAACACCGCUCUUAAUGGCGUUACCCAGCAACUUCCGAGGUGGUACACGUGCGUUGCUCAGAAUCAGCUGGUGCACGCAGUCUCCUACCAGUACAUCAAGCAAUACUACCCCGGCGACGCUAAGACCAAGGCCAAGGAGAUGAUCCAGGACAUCAAACAGGCUGUCGGGGAUCACAUCGCUCACGCUACUUGGAUGGACCCUACCAGCAAGAAAGCAGCUCAGGAGAAGCUUUUCAACAUGAAGGAAUUCAUUGGCUUCCCCGAUUGGUACAGCAAUCCCGCGUCUGUUGAUGCAUACUACGCAGGGCUGCAAGUUGGAUCCCAGUACUUCGAAAAUUCUCUUAAUUACAUCCAGUUCGGUAUCCAGAAGAAACUGCACAAACUGAUCGAACCUGUCACCAAAGAAGAAUGGAUCGCUCCACCCAUCGAUGUCAAUGCCUUCUACUACCACAUUGCCAACAGCAUAACCUUCCCUAUUGGAGUCAUGCAACUGCCUUUCUACGAGCCCAGUCUUCCUGCACCCGCUAUCUUCGGUAGCAUGGGUGCCAUAAUCGGACACGAAAUCUCUCACGGAUUCGACGAUGUCGGUCGCCAAUUUGACAAGAACGGCAACUCAGUGCCAUGGUGGCCUCAGCAGACGAUUAAUAACUACAACCAGAGAGCACAAUGCUUCAUCGACCAGUUCAACAAAUACCCCAUCAAGGAGCUGGAGGCUAUCAACGAAUUCACCACGGUAAACGGCAAGCUCACCCUGGGAGAAAACAUCGCCGACUCUGCCGGUGUGGCGGCAUCCUUUGACGCUUACAAAAGGAAAUCUAAGACUGUAAACGAAUUGAAACUGCCAGGUCUUGAAGCUUUCGAUGGAGACCAGCUCUUCUAUUUGGCAUUCGCACACUCUUGGUGUGAAUCCAUCCGUCCGGAGUUCCUGUCGCUGCUGUCGAAGAAGGACGGCCAUGCACCUGCUCGUCUCAGGGUUCUUGGUAUCUUGUCCCACUCUGAGAACUUCAGCCAGGCUUACCAAUGCCCAAGAGGAAGCACGAUGAAUCCCGCGAAGAAAUGCAAGUUAUGGUAGUGAACCAAAGAAAUGCGACAUUCCAUAAAGAAGAGGUGAUCGCAUAUGCCCUUAUUCCAGUGGGACGACUCGCAUGACAUUUCCAUGAACAUCGAGACAUUUUGUA